AUGGCCGACGCGGAACCCCAGCGUCAAAUGUCUCUCAUACCAUACACUUCUGAUUCUCAGGAAAUUGUCUUACGCCGUGGUAAUGCGAUCGUCGUGUUCGAUCCAGAGUCGCGACAGUUGUCAUUACAUGAUGAUACUCCCCAGACCGCUAUUGGAGGUCUCGACUUGCAGCAAUGUCCAUAUUGCCAUCGACCUCUGAACGAUGACACGAACACACGCCAGUAUGAUUCCGAAGAUGCUGAGGCUCCCACGCAGGAGCAGAGCACUUUCGUCAAUCCGGAGUACUUUCGCAUGCUAGCACAUAGCAUACCCAGCUCAGCAGCGACCUCAAGACCAGCUUCACCGCUCAAACAGCUUCCGGGUCUACGAUCUGAUGCGCAUUCUAGAAAUGUUAGCGCCUCUGGUCCUCCCAGUGGUAGUGAGUCUGCAGGUGGUGCACACCCGCCAGGUACGGCCAACCAAGGCAUCAAAGACGAUAGCUUUUUGCCCAACUAUUUCAAGCAUUUCUUCAUCGAGAAGCGUGAACUAGGCCGUGGCGGCUGCGGAGUCGUGCUUCUCGUUGAGCACCACCUGGAUCAGGUCUUUCUCGGAGAAUUUGCUUGCAAACGUGUACCAGUUGGCAAUGACCACGGCUGGCUGGAGAAAGUCUUGAUCGAAGUGCAGCUACUUCAAAGACUGACACACCCAAAUCUGGUAUCUUACCAUCAUGUCUGGUUAGAGGAUGCACAAAUCACCAAUUUUGGACCAAGCGUACCAUGCAUCUUCAUCCUACAGCAAUAUUGUAAUUCGGGAGACUUGCACAACUACGUCCUUGGUUCGUCAAAGGCUACAAGUACUACUGAGGUCUUGAAAGAGCGUAUGCGAAGACGCUCAAAAGGCGUUUCAGAACGUCCGAAAGAUCUUGGGACUCGCACCAUGACCUUCGAUGAGAUCUUCUCGUUCUUUCGGGACAUCACAUCCGGUCUGCAUCACCUACAUACCAAUGGCUACAUUCACCGUGAUCUCAAGCCAUCAAACUGUCUUCUCCACAACGAUGGUCAGAAAAUGUCAGUCCAUGUUUCAGACUUUGGCGAAGUUCAAGCAGCGAAUGAACAACGCAAUUCUACUGGUGCUACAGGCACGAUAUCGUAUUGUGCUCCCGAAGUGUUGCAACGACAGGGUGCUGCCUACGGAGAGUUCACCACAAAAUCCGACAUUUUUUCUUUGGGCAUGAUCGUGUACUUCAUGUGCUUCGGAAGAUUGCCCUACCAGAAUGCCGAUGCUUUGAACGAUGAGAACGAGGAUCUCGACAAGCUGCGUGCCGAAGUGUCCGCCUGGCAUGGCUUCGACGAUGCGACAAGAGCUCGAGUGGAUCUACCGGAAAAGCUUUACAAGUUCUUGAAGAGGCUACUCAGUCCCGUUCCAGCGGAGAGACCAAGCACAGAACAGAUCUUGCAGGCCAUCAAAGCUGGAGGAGGAAUUGACGAUAUUCUCAUGAGCUCAGGCAGGGCAGCGGGAGAGUCACCUUCUCUACAAAACAUGAGUUCCCGCAUCUCAUCUGUCGAUUCACCAGCUCCGAAGAAACUUUCACGUGCAUACACAAACCCGAACCCUUCACGGCCAGGAAUAUCUCAACUAGCAAGACACCAAUCUGGCGAACUUGUACACUCAAGGAGUCCUCCUCUACAGCCCCGUCGCUUCAGUAGAGAUAUGGGCUCAGGGAGUGGUAGCAAUACCAGUACUCCAUCACCUCCAGACACAUUCGCACUCACUUAUCGUGGUCGGGAUAUUGGUGCACCUCCCCUUUCAAAGCAUCCCUCUCGACUUAUGCUUCCGCCUCCGCCUGCUCCAUCAAACCCUGUUUACGUCCAUCCAAAUCUGCUCUUUAUCUUCAAACUCCUUCUUUUUGGCCUGAAAUUCUUUUUACUGAGCUAUCCUUGCUCUCCAUUUGCGCCUAGGAUAUGGCUGACAUAUCCGCUCAUGGGUCUUGCCACGCUGGACCUCACGAUAUGGAAGUCCAGUCUGAAGACAAGUUUAAUACUGAUUGUUGUGCAUGCGCUAGUUCCUGCGGUUGCGGCAAGAUGGGGCACGAUGUGUAACGGUGACGGUGUAGCAUGGGACAGCACAAGGCUCUACGAUGGACUCUAA